GUGCAGCACGUUGAUACUGACGGUCAUUGUGGGGACAGGUGGGAGCUCCGGUUAGACGAGCUGCUGUUGUUCUCAAUACAAAGAGAAUACAGCCGGAGAGACACUGACUAUUCACCUUACAUUUAAACAUGGACACAUUUAUUUAAAUUUAAUUAUUACAGGGGAAUUAAAGGAAGGAGUUAGGAGCGUCUUUCUGUGAGACAUGUCCCACCGAGGAGAGAGAAAUCCAACAGACACUGCGCAGUCCUAAUUUAAUGGGAGCAGUGACCUGAGCAGAUAUGGCAGCUGACGACAAGGUUGCCAUCCUGACAGACGAUGAGGAGGAGCAGAAGAGGAAGUAUGUGCUGGCUGAGCCGUUCAACACCCUGUCACUAAAGCCACAUGCAGGGGAUUCUGUGGCACCUGUGCCCCCCUCAGGCACGCCACCAGAACAGCCGCUGUCCUCAGAACCAGACUCCAUAGACUGCUGUGAGAGGAUGUGCCUCCGCAUCAACAGCCACCUCCUCGUCUCCAAAGUUUUCUACUUCUUCUUCUAUGCUGCCUACGGCUCGCUGCACCCUCUCCUGGCCGUGUAUUACAAGCAGCUCGGCAUGUCGGCGGGACGCAGUGGGUUGCUGGUUGGCAUCCGGUACUUCAUUGAGUUCUGCAGCGCCCCUUUCUGGGGAGUGGUGGCAGACCGCUUCAAGAAGGGGAAGGCAGUGCUACUGUUCUCUGUCCUGUGCUGGCUCGUUUUCAACUGCGGCAUCGGCUUCGUCAAACCAGCCGAGAUGAAGUGCGAAGAGAAAGGUGCAACAACGACCAUGGCGCCUCUGACAACGACUCCCAUGAUCCAUAACAUAACGCAUCCGAUCAACUCCACCAACCGCACCAGGAGUCGCAGGAGCUUCCUGGACUUCCCUCGACUCCCUGAACUUUUAGACUCCUUCUUCAGCGUGCAGCUCCGGCAUGUGCGAAGCGUAGACGCCAACGCCACCGACACUCCCAGCACUCCCAGCACUCCCAGCACCCCCAUCACUCCCAUCACACUCGCUAUCCCAGGCAAGAAUACGACAAACACCUCAACCUUUAAACCAACCACCACCACCACCACCAAAGCUCCUGCUCCAAUCAAACCCAAGGAGUACCAGAUCAUCUACAACAAGGACCAGGUGGAGACCAUCUUCCUGCUCAUCCUGCUUGUCGUUAUAGUGGGCGAGUUCUUCAGCGCUCCGGCCGUCACCAUCGUGGACACGGUGACUCUGCACUACCUCGGCAAAGCCCGGGACCGUUACGGGCUUCAGAGGAUGUGGGGCUCGCUGGGCUGGGGUCUGGCCAUGCUGCUGGUGGGGAUCUGGAUCGACCACACACACGUCACUGUACAGAUCGAUGGCGUGGGCUGCGUUGUCCCUGAGUUCCGUCUCCACAACUACCAGAUCGCCUUCAUCGUCUUUGGCGUGCUGAUGGGCGUGGCUUUAAUUGUCGCCACGCAGUUUUACUUUGAAAAGGGGGCAGACUACAGUCAUGAUCACCCUGAGGGUGUGGUGGCAGAGGCAGACACCCCCGGAGCUUUACCCGAGCCCAGCUCCUCGGAUCAGACCCCCAUCAGCCCCGACGCCCCUCAGGAGUUCCACUACAGCGACCUCCUGAGGCUCAUGUGCAGCGUGCGCUACAGCUCCGUCCUCUUCGUCGCCUGGUUCAUGGGCUUCGGCUACGGCUUCGUUUUCACCUUCCUGUACUGGCACCUGGAGGACCUGAAGGGGACCACCACCCUGUUCGGGGUCUGCUCAGUUCUGAGCCAUGUUUCGGAGCUUGCUGCGUACUUCACCAGCCACAAGUUCAUUGAGCUUGUUGGACAUGUCAGGGUGCUGUACAUCGGCCUGGCCUGCAACACAGCUCGCUACCUGUACAUUUCAUACCUGCAGAACGCCUGGAUCGUCCUGCCCAUGGAGGUCCUUCAAGGUGUGACGCAUGCCUCCGUUUGGGCAGCCUGCAUCUCUUACUUGAGUGCGGCGGUCCCUCCAGCUCUGAGGACGUCAGCGCAGGGAAUCCUGCAAGGCCUUCACCUCGGUCUGGGCCGCGGCUGUGGAGCCAUGGUGGGAGGAGUUUUCGUCAAUUUCUUCGGUGCUGCAGCAACGUUCAGGGGGAUCGGCAUGGCAUCCCUCGUCAUCCUCCUCAUCUUCUCCUUCAUCCAGUGUCUGACUGGAGAGACUGAGGGGAAAGAGGACAAAAUCUUAGCAGAGAACAUCCCGGUCCCCUCCAGCCCGGUUCCCAUCGCCACCAUCGACCUGGUGCAGAGCCAGAACGGAGUUGGUAGCCCCGGCCCGAAUCGUCAAGGCCCCUCGCAGCCCCCAAAGACCAAACACCAGGAGGAUCAGGAGGAUGCCAGCAGGCCGGCCUGGGUGCUCUCCGGCGCCCCCUGGGUCACCGUUGCCUUUGCCAUCUUCCAGAUCAGAGAGCUGAUGAACUUGGCGAAGGGAAGUGGGCCUCCUCCAGAGAACCAACCACUGCAGAAAGGUACCUAAGGAGUGGGCGGAGCACAACGCAGUGGGCACGUCAGACAGAAACCCAAACAAUGACGGCACAGAUCCACCAGCCACCUCAGAAACUCCCACACAACCAAACACCACCCAACCAGCACCACCCUCAGACUCUGACAAAGACCAAACAGAGCCGCCUUCAGACGGAGGAGGAGGGCCUCAUGAAAACCCGGCUUUUACAGCAGAAAACACAAAGUGACUCUUUAAUUUAAAGACUAUUUAAUUUAAACUCAGUGUGCUUUUAUUACUGUAAGAGAUAUCCAUCAAAACAAGUCGUUCUUUCCUCACAGUCGGUCUUAAAAUCAGAGCUGUAGUCUGAUGAAUUCUGCUCUCAGUCAGUCUUAAAAUCAGAGCUGUAGUGCGCUCUCAGUCAGUCGGUAAAUCCUGGUUUAUUUUGUUUGAAUCAGGCAGAAGAUAUCCUCAAAGAAACGACACUGUGACUCCUGUUACAGACAGACGGCUUGUUUUAAUGGAUGCGUUUGAAAAGGGGAGUUUGGGGUGGCGUUCGGAUGAACCUGGAGGCGUGUUGGUGGCAUUUUUUUUACCUGCGGAGGUGGUCGACUCUGAUUCACCUCUGAGCACUGUGCACUAUAUUUACUGCCCUUUACCGGUGAAGUGUGAAGGAAAUCCUUCAAAUGUAUAGAAACGUUGUGCCUCUUGAUAAGUUAUUAACUUCCUUUACUGACAACAUGGUGAUUUCAUUUAGCACUUUGACUCAUAACAUGUACAGCUUUUGACACAGAGUGACAGCUGCUGUUAAAAACCGGCUGCUCUCUCGUACAUAAAACAUUUAGUGUCAUGAUUUGACGCUAUUAAAACAUUUACAUAUUUUGGAUUUGCUGCAUCACAGAGCUCCCCAAGCUUUUGUGCAACAUGUUUUUUAUUGAAAGGGCUUUUAUUGUGAAGUAGCUGGAGUAGGAAAGUAGUUAGCUUUAGUUUUAGCUUUAAUCAGCUCUCAUACAAGAAGGGAACUCACUCCUCUGAUCUAAAGGUGGCAGUUUAAGUCGUGUUGGAGCUUUUUUAUGUAGCAUCCAUUUUUAUAGCAUUUGCUCAUUUUGUUACUCUGCUGGUUUCGAAUCCAAGCGUGAAGAAGCCUUAGCUGUGACUAAAUCAGAAUAAAGUCUUUUGUAAAAUGUCUCAGACUUUCUCAAGUAGCUUCUAGUUUCCACAAAAAGUCCCAAAGCCUUAAGAAGCGUGAAGUUUGAACUUCUUUCCUCGAGGUACCGGAGGACAGGAGAGUGUCUUAGUGGAGGUUGAAAGCUUCAGAGCCGGUUAAUAAACACUGUGAUAAGAUUCCUUAUCAAACAGUUAUUUCAAUUUUUAAGUAUUAACUCAAAUCUUAAACGUUGUGCUUUUAAACUGACGAGCACAGUGAAGUAGCGGCGAUGAAGAAGUGCCUCCUUUUAAACAUGCUGUUGAUCUUUAAUCUUAUUACUUAUUAUAAAGCAAAGGGCCCCUUUACUCUCCUCCUACAUCAGUGUAAUCAACACGGCAAACCCAGGCUCUUUUUUGAAGCCUGGUUCCAAUAUUUUUGUAUUGAAGCUGCCAAUAAUCGACACGCUAUAUUUACUGUCUCCUUUUCAUGCCAAAUGAUUCCCAGUAUUCAGUGUUUGUGUCCUCUGGGUGCAGAAAGCCUCAGAAAUAGAGCUAGAAAUUCUGUUUACAGGACAUUAACUCAUUUAGAAAAGUGAUUUCAGCCUGGUUUUUCUGUAAGACAUGAGUGUAUUUAAACUGAACAUAUGAUUAAAUAAAUCUCACAAAUAUUACCUCA